AUGAGCUUCGUGGUCGACCAGGUGCGGCGAAUCGACGCGCAGCUCGAUCGGCUGCAGCUCUCAGCAGUAGACGGCGUCGUCUUAGCCUCAGGCGCUGACGACCUCCACGACCCUGCAAGACAAGCCCGAAUCGCUCACCUACAGGGCCUGAUCAAGAGCUUGUCGACGACCAGCUCAUCCAAGCUUGUCCCUGCGACCAGGAUCAAGAGCAUCCUCGAACAAGCGAAUAUCUCGUCGAGCUGCUCGACGUGCGCGCAGCUCUUUGAGCACGACGACUCCGGCGGCCUCCACCGCACCGACACUGAGCCGCAUGAGUCGUCGUACGAACAUGAGCUGGAAUGGCUGCUUCUGAGCAAAGCCACGACCCAAGCCUACGGCGAAGUCCUCAAUACCAUCCUCGAACAGACCAUUCCCCUCGAAGACGACAUCUGGUACUGGGACGACGUACUGAGCACCUACCGCUUUGCCGGCCUUUAUUCGAUACAAACGUCGCCGAUUCGGCUGUGGAGGUGGUCACAGGAUAUAUACCAUGAUGUGAGGUCGAGAGGAGGCCAGUUCGCGAACGGCUGGAGGGAGUUUUAUGCUCUUGUGAAGGACGCCGUGAAGGAGCGAUCGAUUGCGGAUAUACGAAGGAGGGUUGUAAGUCCAUUGGCCGUGGUGCGCAAUGAGGGGAGGCACAAAAAGGCAGCUUUAAGGAGGAUAAAGCUGGUCAAUGCGAACGCGUUGGGGAUAUUGCUGGGAGAGGGGUUAAGUAAUGAAAGCAUACACGAAGAAGGUCUCCAAUCACCCGGCCAAUUCGGUACCCAGGACAAGCGUCAUCGCUGGAAGAGCACAGUCGCCAAGAGCAUAGCGCUCAUGGACGCCGUUAUCCAUAACGUCAAGGACGCCGAGAGCUCUCUUGAUAAGUUCGACGAUUCGGUAGCUGCCACGACUCAGGACGAUCACUACUACGAGCUCCACGAGCCCUCAGGGGAACGAACAGCAACCUCGCUCAGACCUGCGGAUGUAGCAGCCCGCUUGAACACCUUGCUCGCGCAAGCCUUACCCAGUUAUACUUCGAGCUUCCAUGCCGCGGUCCGAGAGAACGGACGCCCUUCCUAUCUUGUCCGCUAUUGGCUGCCAGUGUCAAUAGCGCUGGUUUCGUCGACCACGAUUCUCCGCCUCGUGAUUAACAGAAAAGAAGAAAUUCUUACGUGGAUACGUGAAUUUGGCCAGACCGUUAUCGACUUCUACACCAACUGGGUCCUCGAGCCUACGAAGAAAGUUAUCGGCACUAUCCGCCAUGACGAUGACAGCGAAGUCUCGAUCCUCAGCAAGCGGAGCUUGGAAUCCGACCGCUCCAGCCUCGAACGCAUGGUGGUCGACUUCGCCGUUAAGAAUCCCGAUGGGCCCGCUCUUAACGAGACUCAGAUCGCUGAUAUUCGCUCAAAAGUAAGAGAAGGGGACCUGACACCGGUCUUGAAAGCUUAUGAGAAGGACAUUCAGAGCCCUGUUAAAGGCGCCAUCUUGGGGAACCUGGCAAGCGCGCUGUUGAUACAGGUCCAGAAGACCAAGGUGGAUGUCGAGGUUGCGAUGAGCGGGAUAGAUUCUAUCUUGAAGAGCCAGGAACUCCUUUUUGGGUUCAUCGGAUUGACCCCUGGUGUUCUCGUCACUAUUGGGGUAUAUAGGUGGCUGAAGGGUACAUUCAGUAGUCGGAAGGGCGUAAAGCAGUGGGCGAGGCAGGGUCAGCUCCUCCUAAUACUGAGAAACAUUGAUCGCAUCCUAGUCGGCGCCAAUCCGACCGAAUUCGGGGAGAUAUCCUACAAAGACCAUGGCUUACUGCUCUGCGAAGUCCACCUGCUGCGACAGGCUGCCGGCGGGAUACUGCCGAGGCGCAUAUUCCACGACUUUCUGGUUGAGAUCGACGAGCUGGUAGACGUCCGGUCGGGCCUGGAGCGCCAGCAGAAGGUGGUUGAUAGGAUUCGCGAGGACUCGUUCACGCCGAGUUUCAUCACGACGAUUGGCAUCGACUUCAAGAUCCGGACCAUCGAGCUCGACGGCAAGCGCGUCAAGCUGCAGAUAUGGGAUACCGCAGGCCAGGAGCGCUUCAGGACCAUUACGACGGCAUAUUAUCGCGGGGCCAUGGGCAUUCUACUAGUGUAUGAUGUUACGGAUGAGCGGUCGUUUAAUAACAUCCGCACAUGGUUCUCCAACGUCGAACAGCACGCCACCGAAGGCGUCAACAAGAUCCUCAUCGGCAACAAAUGCGACUGGGAAGAGAAGCGCGCCGUGUCGACAGAGCGUGGCCAGGCCCUCGCAGACGAACUCGGCAUCCCCUUCCUAGAAGUCUCGGCUAAAUCCAACAUCAACGUGGACCAGGCCUUCUACUCGCUUGCCUCGGAUAUCAAGAAGAGGCUGAUCGAUAGCGCGCGGACGGAGCAGGCAACGAGCAAGGUCGAUGUGGGAGACACAAAUAAUGCAGGCGGGGGCAUGGGCGGGAAGUGCUGCUAG